CGUGUGUAACUGCAGUGCCGUGUGCAGCGUCAACAUCGAUAUAUAGUCCGAGUCAGCGCGCCCUACCUCAGUACCGACGCAGAAGAUUUGUUGAGAAUAGAAGACCUCAACCACCUCACUCAGUUAUCAUCAUGUCAAGUCCACAAGGCGCCGGAUGCACCGCCGAGUGCAAGAGUAACCCAUGCGCGUGCGGCACGGACUGCAAGUGCAACCCAUCCGAUUGUGCGUGCACCACGUGCAAGGUCAAAGUGUGCACGUGUUCAGAGGGGUGCAAGUGUGGCAAGGGAUGCACCGGAGGUGACACCUGUAAGUGUGAUGACUCUUGCAGCUGUGACAGCGGGCCGUGUGAAACUACAGUGCCGUGUGCAGCGUCAACAUCGAUAUAUAGUCCGAGUCAGCGCGCCCUACCUCAGUACCGACGUAGCAGCUGUGUUUAUAAUAGAAUACCUCAUCCACCUCACUCAGUUAUCAUCAUGUCAAGUCCACAAGGCCCCGGAUGCACCGCCGAGUGCAAGAGCAACCCAUGCGCGUGCGGCACAGACUGCAAGUGCAACCCCAGCGAUCGUGGGUGCACCACGUGCAAGGUCAAGAAAGUGUGCACGUGUUCAGAUGGGUGCCAGUGUGGCAAGGGAUGCACCGCAGGUGACACCUGUAAGUGUGAUGACUCUUGCAGCUGUAAAUAACCAAGUCACGAAAAAUUCCAGUCUUCUCAUGAAAAGGACCAAAUACUCUUUGCCGCACUGUUGACUACCGCUGGCAUGAAAUAGAUGUGGAGUAUCAUGGACCUAACGUACUAAGAUUGACAAUUAACAGAGACGCUCUUGAGGAAAACCUUUUCUUUUCUCACACACCAUAUCAAAAGUUCUCCUUUCACGCACAUUAAAGCUCUCUUUACAUCC